AUGAGAGACAUUGAGGAGACAAGAAAGAGAUGGGAGACACUCUUCCUUGGCCAUGACACCCCGUCCGACCUGCGGGCGGCAUUGCGUGCGGAGCAGGGAGCACAGCUGUGCACCGACGGACUGAGAUCGAUCUGCUGGAAGGUCUUCCUGCUAUUCGACAGUGUCGAGCGCGAACAAUGGUCCCAGAAACUAGCCGAGUCGCGAGAUGCGUACAGCGCCUUGCGUGCCCAUUUCCUGAAAUACAUCGAGCACCCCGAUGACCUGGAGUCGACAGUCGAUCCGCUGGCGGACGAUGAAGAGUCUCCCUGGCAAACGCUCCGUAACGACGAAAAGCUACGGGCCGAGAUUGUACAAGAUGUCGACCGUUGCCUGCAAGAAAAUUUCUUCUUUCAAGAGCCCUCCACGAAACGAAAGUUGACCGAUGUCCUGUUUGUUUACUCGAAACUCAAUCCGGAUGUCGGGUAUAGACAGGGCAUGCACGAGCUACUAGCGCCCAUUCUAUGGGUCAUUGAUCGGGACUCGGUCGAGCGUCCAACCCAGGGUGCCACUGAGAAAGAGGACAUCAUUAUGCUGGAUCUUCUUGAUACUAGAUUUGUGGAGCAUGACUCCUUCACGCUAUUUUUAUCUGUCAUGCAGACAGCUCGCAUAUAUUACGAACAUGGCGAGACCAAAUCAGCCAAUGGACAGGGGGAUGUCAUUCCAAUUGUCAACAGGUGCCAAUAUCUUCACCAAGAGGCUCUGACAAUCAUCGAUCACGAAUUGGCUGACCACCUUCAUGCGGUGGAGGUGCUCCCCCAGAUUUUCUUGACUCGUUGGAUGCGUCUGCUGUUCGGACGAGAGUUUCCUUUUGACGACGUCCUUGAAAUGUGGGACUUACUAUUUGCACAUGGGCUGCGAUCUGAUCUUGUUGAUUUCACAUGCAUUGCAAUGCUGCUACGUAUUCGCUGGCAAUUACUCAAGGCAGAUUACUCUGGUGCACUGUCAAUGUUACUACGCUAUCCGCCUCCCGAACCGCACUCACCUCAAGCUUUCGUGCAUGAUGCCCUUUAUCUCGAACAGAACCCGACAGCGGAGCGGGGUAGUUUCCUCAUUUCAAAGUACUCGGGCAGACCUCCUGAGCCAUCCAAGCCUCGAAGCCGUUCCGGAAUUCGGCCCGCUAUGAAGGCCCAAUUGUGGGAGGACUUCAAGGGUCGCAGCGAAAGCAGCUCCCCAGGUUCCUCCCCUGCAAGAAAUAGUCCCAAGAGUUUGGAGGCGCUUUUUCAAGACGUUUCUCAAGGCAUUCAACGCCGCACCGAAUCUUGGGGAGUGGCGAAGGCAGUCCGAGGGGCGGUGACCGAAGCUCGAAAGAACAUGCAGAGCAUGCAUUAUGAGCCAGCUCUUCGAUCUGCUGCCACGCGUCCAAAGCCCGUCUCUACCAUGGCCGUCAAAGGUGCGCCGCACAGCCCAACGCCCACCGAGCUAGGGUUACAAACCAAGAUCGAUCGGCUGGAAGAACGGAACCAACAACUAGCGACUACCUUGAGCGAAGCAUUGAAGGAUCUCCGUAUGCAACUAAGCAUGAUGAAGGACAUGGACGCAGAUACCACAGAUACGGUGAAACACGCUCUCGAUCGAGCGCAGUCCGUGCAAGACUGCCUCGAGGACUCAAUGCUACCUCCCCCGGUAGGGAGUGCCUCGCAUUCCGCUACUGUAGAUGAGGCAACACCUCAAUCGGAAUCUUUGGUCUCUAAACGAGUCAACGAUCCCGAGACCACAGAAGUGGCUGAGAAGCCGGACCAGCAAGGCGCACAACGGUCCUCUCGCGCGGAUACCUCCGGCCCAAGCCUACAUAGUGGGACUCCAAAGGCAGCCAGCAUCGCCACAACUAGUGCGAUGACCACCGCCGGACAUACCGAUGCUGGUCUGCGGGCGGCAGUGCGACCAUCUCUAUCUGAUGCCGGGUUCUCAUGGAUGUUGGGAGGCAGCCGGAAUCUUUCAACUUUUGUCAGUCCGGCCUCGGUGCCUCCGGAGCAGACUCGACAUCAGGAUCAACCUCGCAGCAAAGGCAGCAGUCCUCUUUUCAGUGGUCAUGGAGAUGAACACCCUAGGACAGAUCAAGCCGAACACGAUGAACUGGCGCUACACAGUCUGUCCGGUGCUCGAGGCCCGCUGUAA